CGCUGCCCCUCCCCAGGUCGCUCCCCCCACUGCGGCUCUCUGAUGCAGACAGCUGCUGCUUCAUUUCCUCCUCUCUCUGUCUGGACUUUCCCCGUCUCUGUCUCUCUGUCUCUCUGUCUCCGCUCUGUGAUUCGUCGCUGCACUCAGGACAGGCUGCAGGCAGCGAGGCCGGGAUCCGCCGCUUCGGCUGGAAAUUUGGGACGAGGAGGAAGAGGAGAUAAAUGCAUGAAAAGGAAGAGGAGGAGGACGGUCUGAAGAGCAAGCAUGCCGGGCGCGUUGGAGCUGCUGCUGCUGUCCCUGCUGGUCCUGUCCACAGGAAGUGAUGUCAGGAAGAAGAGAGGACUCUCCCAGAAGGACUACGAGUACCCGAACCACCCGCAGUCCGCGCAGCACCAGAAGAACGACCGGUGCCCGCCGCCGCCCCAGAUGCUGCCGGAGCGGGCCUGCGACGUUCCCGGCUGCCGCUCCGACUCCGAAUGCGAGCGCCACAAACGCUGCUGCUACAACGGCUGCAUCUACGCCUGCCUGGACUCCGUCCAGCCCCCACCGGUUCUGGACUGGCUGGUUCAGCCCAAACCUCGAUGGCUGGGAGGAAACGGCUGGCUGCUGGACGGACCGGAGGAGGUUCUGCAAGCGGAAGCCUGCAGCACCACGGAGGACGGAGACGAGCCUCUUCACUGCCCCACAGGCUACGAGUGCCACGUCAUCAACCCCGGGAACCCCGCCGCUGGCGUCCCAAACCGGGGCCAGUGCAUCAAACAACGCGCCAACUCCGAUGGACGACGUUUGAGGCACAAAUACUUUAAGGACUACAAGGACUACUUGGGAUCCAGUUCCAACAACGCAGUGGGCUACGACAAGCAUAAUCACAAGCAUCUCGGAUGAAGACACGUUGGAUUUUAUCUUCUUACAGUCAGCAUGAAAAAGCUUAGGACCAGGAAAUAAAAUUACAGUUAUUAGUUUGUUUAUUGUAGCCAUGUUCCUGAGCUUCAAAAUGCAGAAACACAAAACAGAGAGAACAAAAUACUAAGACCUGUUCAUCAGCUGAUCAGAGGUUUAGUUUUAAAAAUCUCCACAUAAAUCAGUUGUAAUAUCUUCUGCUGAAGCGAUUAAUCAGAUUUAUUGCAAUGAAUUUAUUAUUGAAAUAAACGUUAAUUGAUAAUUAACUGGAAUAAAUAGACUCUAAAAAAGCUGCUUCCUGAGAGAACAACACAGUCAGAGCAGAACUGUACAAAAAUAUGAACAUUUUGCAUUAAAGAUUAAAAAUACUUGCUUUGUCUAUAAAUCUGUUUUACCCAGAAUUCCUCGAGUUGCAGUUUUAGCUUCACCUGGUUCAGAUUCGAUACAAAUAUUAGAAGGAUGUUUUAGUGAUGCAUCCUUUGCUACAUAUGAUCAAACGUUUACUGAAGGAAUGCUGUUAUUGACUUUUAGGUAAUAAAAUAUAGAUUUUCUUAUUUAAAAAAAUAAUUUAAUUCCUUGCUUAUUUUCAGCUCUUAAAGUAUUUCUAAUAUUGUUUAAAAUAAGCUUAAGAGGUGAAAUGAGAAAUCUGCUGAUUGCGACUCGAUUAAUCAAGUGAAACAAUUCCAAGAAUAAAAAACCUGUGAGCAGCUGAUGAACAUCCUGUUUAGAUUCUGCUUUUUGCAGCUCUUGUUUCAGCUCUGAGAUUAAAACCUGUUUAUUCCAACCAUCACCUCCUCCUGCUGUUAAAACAGGAUGUUUGUCGUCAGAUGGACUUUAAUACGACCUCAGAUGCUGACCCGGUCCAGUUUGAUCUCCUCCAACCUGAACCGAGACAGAUCUGAGGUUUUUUACUCCGCCUGCCUCCUCAUCAAGCCGUCUCCUGGCGUCCUGCUAUCCAACCAAAGAAAUGCUGAAGGUGUUCAGGAAAACAAAGGAGAGGCCCGAUGUAGACCAAAGCUGUUCAUAAAAAACUUUUUUUGUGUUUUCUCAUUUUUCCCCCCCAAAAAUCCAAACAAACUGGUCAUCAGAGAAAACCAGGACCAUGUGGCGCUCGUCCUCGUUCUGCUCAGUUUGUAAAUCUGCGAAGCGUUAAACUGACAGCGAGCGAAUAAAUCCAGCUGCACGGCUGAUAUUUCUGCUUUACACCCCAAAAUGAUCUGAGUCAAAAUGAUUAGCAGAAUAAAUCCCAGAUGAGUUGGAACAGAACAGCUGGGGGUUUAUGUCAGUUAUUAAAGAUUUUUGGGUGUAGUAAAUAAUAAAAUAUGAAUUAGAAACAUGCAUGAAUAAAAGUUGGCAUAUAUCCAUAGUUUUGUUUUAAAAGAAAGUAGGUUGAAUUAGUUGCUAGAUCAAAACAAGCUGAAGUAAUAUUUUAACAAACAUCUGAUCAGUUGUUUACGUUCUAGCAAGGAUAUUAAAGCUGAUAUUAUUUAGUAAGGUAAUAAAACUUCUGACAGUGUUGCUCCGAAAUGAUGACAGAGCGGAGGGGAUUUCCAGUAAUAAAUCUGAACAUUUAUUUGCUUUUAUUUGCAAACUGAAGCAGCUUUAUGCUCUUUUCACAUGGUGCUCUGGUUUUUACAGAAGAAUAAGCUGAAAACAAAUCGAAUGUUUCUCUCUGACUGGUGCUGCGUUUUACUUUAAUAAACCUUAUGACUCAAACUUG